ACAAAUUCCAAAAAUCGGUAUCGUUUUUGGCGGUGGUCCGCGUCGUCGGCCAGGUAGGAAAGAGCAGAGGCCUGUCCAGGUGGUGGUGGGAUGUGCAGCCGGUGGGGGAAGGAGUCCGACGGGUUCUUCGGCUCUGCAUUCCGCUAUUCACCUUCGGGCCCUUUCCGGGCGAGUGUCUGUUCCAUCCUGGCCCAUUACGAACGAGAAUUUCCGACAAUGAAGACGGCCAAUUUGCAGCUGCCCCCGCACGCGCAAGUGGAUACCAAAAAACAGAUGGAAGGGGAAUUGAAAGCUACAAGGAGGGAGUUGGAGUCAACGAAGAAAGCGUUGAAAGUUCAGACGGCGAGAUGCCGCCACCUGGUCGCCGCUUUUACAAAAAAGUUGGCCGAGAAGGAUGCCGAAAUGCGCGCUUUCAGGGAACAGCGAGAAAAACAGUUGAGCAGCCUGCUCCGCGCCCUGCUCGUUUUAGAGGCCAGGUUGAGACGAGAACAGAAGAGCAUCAAAGUCCUUCUAGCCGAAAAGGACAAUAUAAUUAACAACCAAAAGCUGGAGAUUGAAAGGCUCAAAGAAGGCAAAGAGGAACCUCGUAAAGAAAUCAAAGAGGAGACUAAGGUAGAGGAAGAGGAAGAUGUGUUUAGGGAGUAUGCCAAACCGGAUCUUAUCAGCUCAUUAGGGAUCAGCGACUUAAGCAAAGAGCCUGAUUCACUGUCUUCCGAGAGCACUCGUUCCUGCCUGGGAGACGAAAGCGAUUACACAGUCAUGCAGGCCAAAGGCGUUUUAAACGUCCAUGACCUAAGCGCGUUUUCCCCGGUAUCGAAAUUCAGCGGGUCGUUUUCACCGAUUUCGAAAAGCGUUCCGGAUAUUUCGACUGGAAUCCCCGAAGGUGAAGAAUCGGAUAAGUACCAGGACAACCCGGUGCUCCAGUGCGUAAACCAGAUUUUGUUGAAGGACCAAGAGGAUUUUUUGGAGGAGCGCUCGUUGAGACAGGACGAGAAGGAUCCUAGGCGGCACGCGGUGUGGAUGGACGAAGAGGAUUCGCCUCUCGACGAAGACAUGCAAGAAGAAGACACUAAUCAAUCGAAAAAAUCAGCGUCGUUCUCCGAAUUGGACAAAGAUAGGAUCAGAAUAAACCCUCCUUUACCUCCAAAACCGAAAAUUCAGAAUAAAAAAGUCGAGUUUUCGGACAAACCGUUCCAUAAAAUCUCUCAGGAUCAACUCGGUAUUCCUUUGUCUAUUCUAGAACCGAUAGAUCACGGAGAUAAAGAUCUUUAUGUCAUUUCUAACUCCGCUCUUGACGACGAAAUAGUCAAACAGUUAAGAGGGAGGACUUUGGAUGUGACGGGGUUGCAUAUAAAACCUCACAAAGAGAGGAAUCAUCACAGUGACAUACCGACUGGCUUAUUACAUCCUAACCAUAAACCUAAAAAAAAUGCAAACAUCGAUUACAAUAACAUGUUUACGCCUCCUCGAUCUUCCAGCGGAGUGCUCAAAGUCAGCAUUCAAGAAAGCCCGACGAGGACUGCGUUCGGUUUCAAAUCCCCGCCAAAAGUCGGUAUGCCCAAUAUGAUAAAAGUCGCAUCGCCGGUCGCCACUCUGCUCACUUCGCAAGGGGCGAAGGAGGAAAUAAAACCGACCGUUUCACAGAUGGUACGCAGGUUCGAAGAUUUAGGAAUAAAGAAAGAAGAAGAGGAGCAGAAAAAAACCGAGAAAGAGAAGGAAGAAGGAUCUCCCGGGGUCAGCUACGAUAACUUUCUCGAGGCAACAGGGUUGAGUCAAAAAUCAAUCAUGACGCCAAGCAGGCUCAUGACUAAUCACAGAAACGUCACAAAACCGAAGGACGUCAAGUUGAGGAACAAAGUGAGAACGACCGGUGUCAUCGAAAGAUGCAUUCCACCCCAAGUAGUCGGUCCGACUAUCAAAUACUGGACAGAACCAUUUCUUUAAGUUGUAUUUUUUUAAAUAAAUAAAAAAGUUCGAUAGCUCAGGAUCCUUAUUACACUAACUACACAUUUAAUUUUUAAUAAACAAUUUUGUAUAUAUAUUUUUGUAAUUUGCCCAGGCAUUUACUUUUCACUUUUUAAGUUAUGAUUUUAAACUACCAUUAUUGCAUUAUUCUUAGUUUACCUGAAUCACAUUAGAAUCAUUUUUUUUAAUGUUAUGAAUUGCAUGGAUUGUACCAUUCGUUAUAGGUAAGUUAUUUCAGUUUUAUCAUUUAUAUUUAAGAGGCUAUACGAUUAUUUUAGCCAAAUUAUUCAACAUUAUUUU